AUCAUCAUGCCUCCCUCCGAUUCCCACCUCGCCCCUUCGGAAACUUACGCUAAGGCACUCUUCCAAUUUUACGGGUAUCCGCUCUGGCACGCAGACCCUGAGGAAGACGAACAAUACGGUCGGGGGGAGGUCGAGCUUGGAUCGGUGGGAAGGGUCGACGAAGGGACAUUUUGUCAUCUUUUCAAGGCUGGGAGAGCGAAGGGUGAUAAGUUCAACCAGGGUAGAGUCCCGGAGAGUUUCGUAUGUUUCGAGCUGGAGAAUAUGGACAAGAAGAAACCUCGGCCUGUUAUUCUCAAACCAUACGUCAUGAGUCACCAUAUCUCAAAUCUCUCCGUCUCCGGGGAUGCAAGUCUUAAUCUCACCUCUCUGGCGACUGCCGGAGGCAGCCUGUCAUUCUCGUGUUCUCAAGACACAGGCGCCAUUCUGGUCCUAGAACCUCCUGCGAUGCAGACGAAAGUCUCACGGAGACGACACAUCGUCACAUAUGAGGACCUCUGGUUUGUGGUGGGAGUGGUGAAGACAACAAGAACACGGCGAGCUUCGAUCUAAAUUUCUCGAUCGACAAGCAAGACUGGUCAUAUGCCUGGUACAACAGUGGGCCGAUCUCCGAUCCGUUGCAGGCACAAUGCGCUGGUACCCUCAUAAGUGGACAGGACUCGGAGACUGAUCUAUCCGCACAGUCGACGCGACAGGAAAGGGAUCAGUGUCUCUUUUUCAACUACUAUACAGUGAAGAAGCGACUCUGGUUCGACAGAGUCAUUAAAGCCGCUGCUGACCCACACCAGCUUCCGCCCGGCGGACCUGACCUGGAAGGCAACGAGCCAGUCGGUUGUGAAGCAGACUCAGAUGAUGAGACGCAGAUCAUGGAGGGCCCUUCAGCAGCCUUUCAGACAUACACAACGUAUAACCCAGUGGCCCAUUUGCUUGACUACAUUAUCUCGCAUUCGGAAGCAGAUAUGGCGAUUGCAUCGGAUAGGGAUCUCAUUGCGAUACUUGGAGGAGCUGGACUUCCGGAAGACAUACCCGUCGGCUUAGAGGCGUACAAGCCUGAAGUCGAGGUAGACGGGAGUGGAGUAGGAACAGUGACUGUCGAUCCAACCUGGCUAGACAAACUAGUUGACUCAGAAAACUCCAUUCAAAUAGUUACGGAAUACGGACUUAGCGACGAGAAUGCACAAUCUCUGCCUGGGUCGCCCCAAGCAACUCUAGAUGACCUGAAGAUAGAGCAGGCCACCUUCGACCUUGUAGACCCUUCGUGGGAGCAAACUAAGGAAACGGAAUAUCACGACGAUUCCCAGACGGCGAAGCACAGGAAGGCCGAAAUGGCCGCAGGGGAGUCUGCUGCUAAGCGCCACACCGGAUCUAUCACCGCUCUCACUGUCUCCCCCGACAGCAAGUGGGUUACGAGUAGGUCAGACGAUGCGACGAUCAUCUUGUGGCAUACGAAGCGUCAGGAAGCAGUACACAAGUGGGAGUCACACGGAGGCAUCGUGUUGCACCUCGCGUUCUCCCCCGGUAGCGCAUUGCUCGCGUGCUCCGGUGGUGAUGGCUGCAUCACGGUGCGGGACAUGGAUGGUGGAGAGCCUCUCGCGACGCUUGUGGGUCACACACAGGCAGUACAUACCGUAGUCUGGUCUCCGGACGGCACCAAGCUUGCGUCGGGCUCAGACGAUAAGACCUACCUCGCGUCGGGCGACGUGGACCACAACUGCCGUGUGUGGAACGUGGAGACGGGCGCGUUGCACAAGCCGUUGGUCGGCCACAGCGGGAUGGUGUGGACUGCUGUCUUCGAUCAGGAGGACAACCGUAUUGCAACAGCGUCAGAGGAUGACAGCGUGCGGAUCUGGAAGGUUGAGACGGGUGAGGAGCUCUUGGCGCUACAUGAACACGGCGGAUCCGUAGGCGUUGUAGCGUUCUCAGAUGACGGGAAGCAAAUCCUCUCCGGCUCCAGCUAUGGGGCGCUGAGAAUAUGCGACUCAUUCAGCCGCGAGGGGAUCGUCACACUCCAGGGUCACGGUGGCAUGGUCAAUGCAGCAGCAUUCUCCCCUGAUGGCCUGUACAUCGCAUCGGCAUCAUCGGACAAGACUGUGCGACUGUGGCGUCGGAAGGACGGUACGAAUAUGCAUACGUUUGAAGAGCACAGCGAUGCAGUAACACAUGUAGUGUUCUCGCCCGACGGCGUGACGCUGUCGUCUGGAUCGGACGAUGGAUCUGUUUGCGUCCGAGUGCUCAAAGACAUUCCCGUUGUGUCAGAUUGA